GUUCUACCAUGCCGGGUAAAAUCGGAAUAACCUAAAAUAACCUAUUUCCUGGGUUAUGAUUAGUCUUUAUUCGUUGUCGGUACUGUUAUAAGCAGAAUUUAGGAAUUAAUAGGCCUUUGUUCCUGGAAUAAAACGGGGUGAAAUUAGGAAAUCGUGGGCGCGGUUUGUUCGACGCGACUUUGGACACUCCCAAUACCUAUAUUUAAUACCGUAUACGAAUAUACGACCUCAAGCGGAUUUAGUAAAUGUGUCAGUGUAGAAGUGCACAUUGGCAAGAUGGCACGUCAGCAGCAGGGCGACGUCGAUGAACUAUUUGAUGUAAAAAAUCACUUUUACAUUGGGAAUUAUCAACAAUGUAUCAACGAAGCGCAGAAAGUCAAGCCCUCAUCCCCCGAAGUGGCUAUGGAGCGAGACGUCUUCUUAUACCGUGCCUACAUAGCCCAACGUAAAUUCCGCGUGGUUUUGGACGAGAUCAACAAUUCUUCUCCUCCGGACUUGCAACCACUUAAGAUGUUGGCUGAAUAUUUUGCCAAUCCAAAUCGUCGAGAGACUAUACUAGCAGAACUCGAUCGAGCAGCGAAUUGCACAAAUGCAGAGAAUCACAAUUUCAUGAUAGUCGCCGCCACCAUUUACUAUCACGAAAGGAAUCUGGAAUCUGCUCUUAGAAUACUGCAUGAUGCCGAUCACUUGGAGUGCUUGGCUUUGACUCUGCAGAUUUAUUUGAAAAUGGAUCGAUUGGAUUUGGCUCGCAAGGAAUUAAAAACGAUGCAGGAGAAAGAUGACGACGCGACGCUAACUCAGCUGGCUCAAGCUUGGAUUAACAUAAGUAGCGGGGGUAACAAACUACAAGAAGCUUAUUACAUAUUCCAGGAAAUGAUCGAUAAACAUUCAAGCACGACUAUGCUUUUAAAUGGUCAAGCUACUUGCUUUAUUGGACAAGCAAAGUACGAAGAAGCUGAGACAGCUUUGCAAGAAUCUCUUGACAAGGAUAGCAAUAAUCCUGAUACAUUGAUCAACAUGAUCGUGUUAUCGCACCACAUGGGGAAACCACCCGAGGUGUCUAACCGAUAUCUGAGCCAAUUAAAGGAUUCCCAUCUUGAACAUCCUUUUGUAAAAGAGUAUUUACAAAAAGAAAUUGAAUUCCAAAGGCUAAGGAAACAGUAUUCACCCUCGGCAUGAGAGCUUUGUACUCGCCUUUGGCACUCCUUUGAUUAGAUCGAACUUCGACAACAUGAUAUGGGGAGGAAGAGCAUAAGCACAGAGUAAUAAACCUCAAAGGAUAUCGACAAGAUAGGUUUUCUUAUGUGCUUUAUGUUGUAAUACAAAAUUCGUGGAUUUGUAUAACAUGCAAACAUUUUCUUGUGAUAUGAUCACAUCUGAACUAGAUGUGGAGAAGUCAUACGUUUUUACCAUAUGUUUAUCACAAUUGAUUAUGUAUACGCAGCAGGUACAUACUAAUAAAUUCUCAAGUUGUA